AUGGCGUUUUCUAGCAUGUCUCUUGACUCGUUAAAGAAAAAGAUCGACGAGGUGCGCGGUUUCCUUUCCGUGGCAUUACGCAUCGCGAACGCGCACACGGUAGAUUUCUACACACGCGAUGUGUGGCGUGCGUACAUGGGUAUGGAUCCCGAGGAGGUUUUAACCGCUGUCAAUUCCGGCUGUGACCGCACGGGGGCGCCAAAAGUGAACACUACUUAUGGGUUCUGUGAUGUUAGUAAGAAGCUCGUGGAUGUGCCAGCUCUGCUGAGAGCGGCCAAAGCACACUCUUUGCCAGGCCUGGGAGUCUGUGUGCAGCGGCAGAGACUGAUGGAGACGCUGAGAGUGAUGGGGCGAGACACCAAAGAUGGAAUGUCAGAAGAACCUCUGCUACCUGAUGAGUUCAUGAGCUCUAAGAAAGCUCAUGAGGUGCCCGCUAUGGCUGAAGUGGUGGCUGCUUUAUCCAGAUGCUGCAAAGUCAAACAGGUUAUUGAUGUGGGCUCAGGUAAAGGUUACCUGUGCUCUUUCCUCUCCAUGCAGUACAACCUGCAGGUGUUUGGCAUCGACUGCUCCAGCACAAACACUCGUGGUGCUCAAGAGAGAAACAGAAAACUGAAGAAGUUUUCCAGAGCCUACCAAAAGCAUGUACAAUUCAGUAGCAACCAUGAAGUUCCAAAUGAAGAAACAAGAGACAGCUGGGAAAAUGCUGAUGAACGAGAAGAGAGAAUGCCAGACCAUCAGAUUCCCACUUUUCAAAUGCAAAAAGAGGAGGAGAAGAAUGGUGCGAAAGAGAGAGAGCAAAUAGACAUGGCCGAAGCACAGUGCUCUUUAUCACCAGAUCAAAAAUAUACUUCUCCCUCAGACCUGAGUGGGACCAGAGAACCAUCAGAACUGACAAAUACGGAUAUAGAGAACCCUUUUUUCACAGCGUUGGCACCCGAUAUUGUGGAGCAAUCCUUCCCUCGGGUUCCCCCCAGCCAGCUGAGCACAGAAGAGAGAGAGAGGAGGAAGAGAGAGAACCUCGAAAGGAAGGCACGGAAUGGAAAAGGCAAGAGUGACAACAAAAACCUGUAUUCGCCUUUGACGUCUUACGUUACAGCCGAAACAGAGCUCAGGAAACUUAUUACCGAGCUGGAGGAUGCAGUCAUGGUGGGCUUGCAUACAUGUGGAGAUCUGGCUCCUAGUACCCUGCGCAUGUUUGAAGCCAAACAGGAGCUUCGGGCCGUGUGCAGCGUGGGCUGUUGUUACCACUUCCUCUCUGAGAAAUUUGAUGAAGAUGGACAUGAGUGUGAAAGUGGUGUGUAUGGAUUUCCCAUGAGCCGAUAUCUCAUGGAGCAGGCGUGCUUCUGUGGGCGGAAUGCCAGAAUGUCUGCAUGUCUCGCUAUGGAGAGGGUGACAGUUGGAGGAGGGCUUCCUAUGGAAUCGCUUUUCUACCGGGCAGUUCUUCAUGUUAUUUUACAGGAUCACUAUGAUGCCCAUAAGAGUGAGAGGCGAGUUGGAAACGUUUAUUCCAAAGCGUCCUCAUUUGUGGACUACGUGAGACGAGCUCUCAGGAAACUAGAACUGGACGAAUUAAAGCUCACAGACAGUGUGAUUCAGAGUUACCAUGACCUGUACAUCUCUAGGAUGAGUGAGAUGGUGGCUUUCAACAUGUUAAAGGUGAUAUUGGCUCCAUGUAUUGAAGGUCUUAUCCUGCUGGACCGUCUGUGUUACUUGAAGGAACAGGAAAAUGUGUUCUACUCCGCCCUGGUGCAGCUCUUCAACCCGCUCCUGUCCCCCAGAUGUUACGCUAUUGUCGGAAUGAAGGAGCCUGGUGCAUUAUAAAGCCUAUUUUAUUGUAGCACUAUUAUUGUUUUAAUUACACUUCCAAUUUUUUUAUUUUAUAUUUUAUUUAGUGCAUACAUGUCUAAAAUGCCAUUUCUCAAAUAAAAACAUUGUCAUGCUUA